GAGCUGCCAAUAAAGGGAGGAACUCACUGGUCUUUUCAAAGGUCGGUGUGUCCCCAACCGAGUUAAGUUGCUGGUUCGGAUAAAGAUGCUGUCCUUAGCCGCUCGUUCCGGGGCUUUGUCCCCGUACUUGCAGGCGACCAAUGUAGCUGUGAAUGGAUCCCUCAAAGCUCUGCUCCCCGGAGCCAUGAAGGGAGAUUCACUGCUGAAAUCCAGCUCAAAGACGGCGCCCGCUAUUUCAGCUUGCGUCAGUGCUCCUGGUGGAAUUCGCAUGGCCCACACAGACAUCAAGGUCCCAGACUUCUCUGACUACCGUCGUCCUGAGUUGCUGGACCCCAAGAAGUCCUCUCAGGAGAGCAGCGAGUCCAGGAAGACCUUCUCCUACCUGGUCACUGGGGCCACAGCCGUGGUGGGCGUCUACACAGCCAAGACAGUGGCCACCCAGUUCAUCUCCUCCAUGAGCGCCUCAGCCGACGUGCUGGCCAUGUCCAAGAUCGAGGUGAAGCUGGGAGAGAUCCCAGAGGGCAAGAACAUGACCUUCAAGUGGAGGGGCAAGCCUCUGUUCAUCCGCCACCGGACUGAGAAGGAGAUUGCCACAGAGGAAGCCGUGGAUAUGGCCAUGCUGCGUGACCCCCAACACGACAAGGACCGCGUAGCCAACCCCAAGUGGAUUAUCGUGAUCGGUGUCUGCACCCACCUGGGCUGUGUGCCCAUCGCCAACGCCGGAGACUACGGAGGCUACUACUGCCCCUGCCACGGCUCCCACUACGACGCCUCAGGGAGGAUUAGGAAGGGACCCGCGCCUCUCAACCUAGAGGUGCCCUAUUACGAGUUCCCAGAUGACGACACAGUUGUUGUGGGAUAGAUGCUCGCACUCCAUUACCUCCCUCUCUAGUAUGUUUUUUCAAAUGGGUCUGUCUGAGAACUUGGGUGAAAAAGACCGGUUACUAAUACUCUUUGACUAAUAAAGGGACACUUAAAAUAA